AUGAACUAUCCAACUCAAACCCUCAAAACCCUUUUGAGAAGCCCCAUAGCCAUCAAAACAGGCUCUCAAGCCAAGCAACUGCAUGCUCAAAUUAUCAAAUUUCAAGGAGGGGAAACCCCCUUUUAUGCAUUCACUACUAUAGUUGCAAGUGUUGAAUUAAGUCAAUACAUUAGAAAACAAAUUGCAAGUGUUAACCAAAAUGCUUAUUUGAAUAAUAAUGUGAAGACUCAGUCGGAUCCUAGUGGUGGGGGGAUGGAAGUCGUUGAUAAUUUGAAGAAAAGAAAGAAUGAAGCUUUAUGCUGCCUGGAUAGUGUGAGAAAAGUUUUUGAAAUGAUGAUAGUUACAGAUGGUGUCUCAUGGAAUACAGUUAUUGGAGGGCAAGUGCAAAAUGGGAUGUAUGAGGAAGCUCUGAUUACAGUCAGGGAGAUGGGGAAUGCGAAUUUGAAUCCUGAUUCUUUCACUUUAUCUACGAUUCUUCCUAUCUUUUCAGAGUAUGUAGAUGUGAUGAAGGGAAAGGAGAUUCAUGGGUAUGUCACCAGGCACGGGUUUGAAGAAGAUGUUUACAUUGGAAGUAGUUUGAUUGAUAUGUAUGCAAAUUGUACCCAGGUGGAAGAUUCAUACAAGGUUUUCAAUUUGUCACCUCGAAAGGAUAGUGUUUUGUGGAACUCAAUAAUAGCAGCUUGUGUGCAGAAUGGCAGGUUUGAUGCAGGGCUGAAAUGGUUUAGGGAGAUGUUAAUGUCUGGUAUUGAGCCUGUGGGUGUGUCAUUUUCGAGCAUAAUGCCAGCUUGUGCUCAUUUGACGACACUACAUUUAGGUAAGCAGCUCCACGGAUGUAUCAUGAGGCUGGGUUUUGAUGAUAACAAGUAUGUAGCUAGCUCCCUGAUGGACAUGGACUAUUUCUCGAUGGGGCUCAAUAUAAGCUUCUCUUUUAUUUAUGUUCAUGAGCAGACCAGCACUGUAAUUACUAUAAUUGCCAUAGAAACGCAGACCAUACAGAUUGAGGAGGCAAUUGCCAUACAAAGCAGCAAUGACAUUGGGCACAGCACUGUGGAAUACCAUCAAGGAAAACCUUUGGGAAGCUUUGAAGGCAACGAAUCUACAGCUGUUUCAAAUGAGGAAAAAGCAAUUAUCCUCUACAAGCCUGGUUCACAAACAUCUGAAGCAAAGGGGUUGUCGUCACAGGAAGAAAAUUCGAAAUCAAUAUGGCCAAUGAAGUUAGAGAAAGUUUAA